GUAAUGCAUAGUUGGACGCAAACGGAUAUUUUUUUGUCCGGCACUUUCAUAACGACCGGCAAUGCGGGAAGAAAGUCAAAACGUCAAGAACAGAACUUCGGAAACAGUAAUUAUAGCAGCAAAGCCUGCUGAAGGUAAGUAUUAUUAUUAGUGGUUGGCUGGAUAAUCCGAAAAAGCAGCAGGCUCCAACGCGGUAGGAAAAGGUGCAUCAGCCACGUCGAAGUGUUACACUUUUAACCGGAUCCUUUGCGGCUCCGGAAUCUGAGAAGUGCCUAAGCAACGUCGUGGAGCUAUGGCCAUAAUAAAAUGAAAGCCAACUAAAAACGCUUAUCGUGCGAUACAUUGUGGGUUACGGCAUAACAUUGUAAUGUAGACACUUCAAAUCGUCGCAAAUUUCUCAAAAUUCCCAAAGGCAGGUCGUCAUCUGCCAGAGAUGCUAGGACCUAUUAUGAUCUCAGCCAAACUUAUGAUGAUGUGGAGCGUUUUUCUCCGGGCGCACAUCAUGAAGCAAAUACUCAACUACGAAAGCAGAAGAAAAUUGAAAACAAUCGCUUCCGGAAAGAACAGACCACAGAACUGCUACCUAGAAUUUCAUCGGACCAAAGUAAUUUGGAGAAAAAGAUGGACAAAUUUCGUUUACAUCAAAAACCAGCUCUGAGGCCUCGACAGUUUGAAGAUGACGACGAGGAUGAUGACGAAAAAAGCGAUGUAUCAGGCGAACAUUCCAAUGCCCAGUUAACAAAGGAAAUUAGAGCACUGGAAAAGGAAGUGAGAAGGCUCGAAGGUCUGAAAUCGGGCAAGGGCAGCCCAGAUGACAGUACUAUCCAUGCGAACCUGACCUUUAAUCUAAGAUGGAAGAAAUACAGGAAUUUGUCUGACGAAGAUACAAUGGAGCUGAAAUACGAAGUAGUCGGCAAAUCAAAAGAGGCGUAUGCCAUACAGGUGCUAGUGUACAUUGUCAUUCCAUGUCUUGCGCUGAUCCUCCUAAUCUACACUGCUGUCUCCCUUUACUGGACAAAGUGUUGGUUCUGGAAAGUUGUCCCUCCCGACAGAUAUUACAGAUUUGAACGGUUUGAAAUCGACCAGGAUGAUGAGCCAGCAGAUAUUGCACCGCUUAUACGGACACCUGCAGAAGUCGCGGGAACGCCGGAACCCAGGCUGUCAAGCCCGGAUAACAACUAUCCUAAAAAAGAGCCGAGAGUGCGCUCACGAUCACGCAGUCGUAAUCGUGACCGUGACCGUGGAGCGACGGAUGAAGCCUUCGCCAUGUCAGCCUUCGAUUAUGAUGCGAAGCCAGCAUCAGCCAGAAGCCCACAGCGAGAUUACUAUCGCGGAAAGCGAUGAAAAUGGAUGGG